AUGCUCACACUGGCGUUCAAAGUGAUGAACAACGAAGCUGAGUAUGAAACAUUGAUAGCAGGUUUGUCUGUGUCCGCCCAGAUCGGGGCAACCGAAGUAGACGCCAGGUCAGAUUCACAAGUAGUGGUAAAUCAAGUUUUGGGCGUGUAUGCUGCAAAGGGCGAAAAGUUGAAGAAAUAUCUGGCACAAUAUGUCCUGCCUGAGAUAUAUGAAGGGAUAUGUGGAAACCACAGUGGGGGAAGAACCUUGGCUAGGAAAGCGGUUUGGGCAGGGUAUUGCUGGCCUAAUGCUCUAAGGGAUGAGUGGGAGUUUGCUAAGAGGUGUGCGAAAUGCCAAACUUACGCACCUAUAUUGCAUGCCCCUCUGGAGGAAUUAGCAUCAGUAACAGCAUCAUGGCCAUUCGCCCAGUGGGGGUAG